CCCAGCGGCAGCCGGCCGGGCGGGUGGACGCUUCCUGAGCGGUGGCAGCCGUCGCAGCCGGGUCGCAAGUGGGCUGCCUCUGAAGAAAGGAGAAUGGCGUUUAGCAAAGGAUUUCGAAUCUACCACAAAUUGGAUCCCCCACCGUUCAGCCUCAUAGUGGAAACUAGGCAUAAGGAAGAAUGUCUAAUGUUCGAGUCUGGGGCUGUGGCUGUGCUCUCAUCUGCAGAAAAGGAGGCUAUUAAAGGCACAUAUGCCAAAGUACUGGAUGCAUAUGGACUUCUGGGAGUUUUACGAUUAAAUCUUGGUGAUACCAUGCUGCAUUAUCUAGUCCUAGUCACUGGAUGCAUGUCUGUUGGGAAAAUUCAAGAGUCUGAAGUUUUCCGAGUUACUUCCACUGAGUUUAUAUCACUUCGAGUUGAUGCUUCAGAUGAGGACCGCAUUUCAGAAGUACGGAAAGUUUUGAACUCAGGAAACUUUUACUUUGCAUGGUCUGCAUCUGGAGUCAGCUUAGAUCUGAGUCUGAAUGCACAUCGAAGCGUGCAAGAGCACACAACUGACAAUAGGUUUUUCUGGAAUCAGUCUUUGCAUUUGCAUCUCAAGCACUAUGGUGUGAAUUGUGAUGACUGGUUGCUACGGCUCAUGUGUGGAGGCGUGGAGAUUAGGACAAUCUAUGCUGCCCAUAAACAGGCAAAAGCUUGCCUCAUUUCAAGGCUAAGCUGUGAACGAGCUGGGACAAGGUUCAACGUCCGGGGAACAAAUGAUGAUGGCCAUGUUGCCAACUUUGUAGAAACAGAGCAGGUUAUAUACUUAGAUGACUGUGUUUCUUCCUUCAUACAAAUCCGAGGAUCUGUUCCAUUGUUCUGGGAGCAACCAGGGUUGCAAGUGGGAUCCCAUCGUGUUCGGAUGUCAAGAGGUUUUGAAGCCAAUGCGCCUGCAUUUGACAGGCAUUUCCGAACACUUAAGGACUUAUAUGGUAAACAAAUAGUAGUAAAUCUGCUUGGAUCUAAGGAAGGUGAGCAUAUGCUGAGCAAGGCUUUCCAGAGUCAUUUGAAAGCCUCUGAACACGCUUCUGAUAUCCACAUGGUGUCCUUUGACUAUCAUCAAAUGGUUAAAGGAGGAAAGGCAGAAAAAUUACACAGUGUUCUCAAACCACAAGUCCAGAAGUUUCUAGAUUAUGGAUUUUUUUAUUUCGAUGGCAGUGAAGUUCAAAGGUGCCAGAGUGGUACAGUUCGAACAAACUGCUUGGAUUGUCUGGAUAGAACAAAUAGUGUGCAGGCAUUCCUCGGCUUAGAGAUGCUAGCCAAACAGCUGGAAGCUCUGGGCUUGGCUGAAAAACCUCAGUUGGUGACUCGCUUUCAAGAAGUUUUCCGGUCCAUGUGGUCUGUGAAUGGCGAUUCGAUCAGCAAAAUCUACGCAGGCACUGGAGCCCUUGAAGGGAAGGCCAAGGCUGGAAAGUUAAAAGAUGGUGCACGAUCUGUCACCAGAACCAUUCAGAAUAAUUUCUUCGACAGCUCCAAGCAAGAAGCCAUUGAUGUUUUGCUUCUGGGAAAUACUCUAAACAGCGAUUUAGCUGACAAAGCCCGAGCACUUCUAACUACUGGAAGUUUGCGUGUUUCUGAACAGACAUUACAGUCAGCAUCUUCCAAAGUCUUAAAGAACAUGUGUGAGAACUUCUACAAAUACUCAAAGCCCAAGAAGAUCCGCGUGUGUGUUGGGACCUGGAAUGUGAAUGGCGGGAAGCAGUUCCGCAGCAUAGCAUUCAAGAACCAGACGCUCACUGACUGGCUUCUGGAUGCUCCCAAGUUAGCUGGCAUCCAGGAGUUUCAAGAUAAGAGAAGUAAGCCGACUGAUAUUUUUGCAAUUGGCUUUGAAGAAAUGGUGGAGCUGAAUGCUGGGAACAUUGUGAAUGCAAGCACAACAAACCAGAAGCUGUGGGCAGUGGAACUGCAGAAGACCAUCUCCAGAGACAACAAGUAUGUUCUGCUGGCUUCAGAGCAGUUGGUGGGUGUCUGCCUGUUUGUCUUUAUCAGACCACAGCAUGCUCCCUUUAUCAGGGAUGUUGCAGUUGAUACUGUGAAAACUGGGAUGGGGGGUGCAACUGGAAACAAGGGUGCUGUUGCAAUUCGGAUGCUUUUCCACACCACCAGCCUUUGCUUUGUCUGCAGCCACUUUGCUGCAGGGCAGUCCCAAGUCAAAGAGAGAAAUGAAGAUUUUGUAGAAAUAGCACGAAAACUGAGUUUUCCCAUGGGAAGAAUGCUCUUCUCCCAUGACUAUGUAUUUUGGUGUGGUGAUUUCAACUAUCGAAUUGAUCUUCCUAAUGAAGAAGUUAAAGAGCUCAUAAGACAGCAAAACUGGGAUUCUCUUAUAGCUGGAGAUCAACUCAUCAAUCAGAAAAAUGCAGGACAGAUCUUUAGAGGAUUUUUAGAGGGAAAAGUAACAUUUGCUCCAACCUAUAAAUAUGACUUGUUUUCCGAAGACUAUGACACCAGUGAGAAGUGCCGUACCCCUGCUUGGACAGACCGUGUCCUUUGGAGAAGGAGGAAGUGGCCUUUUGACAGAUCAGCUGAAGAUUUAGAUCUUCUGAAUGCUAGUUUCCAAGAUGAAAGUAAAAUCCUUUAUACAUGGACUCCUGGCACCUUGCUGCACUAUGGGAGAGCCGAGCUGAAGACUUCUGACCACAGGCCUGUCGUUGCCCUGAUUGAUAUAGAUAUAUUUGAAGUUGAAGCUGAAGAGAGACAAAAAAUUUAUAAAGAAGUUAUUGCAGUCCAGGGCCCACCAGAUGGCACAGUGAUGGUCUCAAUCAGAAGUUCGGCACAAGAAAAUACCUUUUUUGAUGACGCUUUGAUUGAUGAGCUUCUGCAGCAGUUUGCACACUUCGGUGAAGUUAUACUCAUAAGAUUUGUAGAAGAUAAAAUGUGGGUUACAUUUUUGGAGGGAAGCUCCGCCUUGAAUGUUCUGAGCCUAAAUGGUAAAGAGUUAUUAAAUCGGACUAUAACGAUUACUUUAAAAAGUCCAGAUUGGAUCAAAAAUUUGGAAGAAGAGAUGAGUUUAGAGAAAAUCAGUGUCACGUUGCCCUCGUCAACAAGCUCCACCCUGCUUGGUGAAGAUGCAGAGGUUGCAGCAGACUUUGACAUGGAAGGUGAUGUUGAUGACUAUAGUGCUGAGGUAGAGGAGCUUCUUCCUCAGCAUCUUCAGCCAUCCUCAAGCUCUGGCCUUGGCACUUCUCCAAGCUCUUCACCCCGCACCAGUCCCUGCCAGUCACCCACAGUACCAGAGUACUCCGCGCCUGCUCUUCCUGUCAGACCUAGUCGAGCACCAUCAAGAACUCCAGGACCUCUGAGUUCACAGGUCUCUCCAGUUGACACUCAGCCAGCAGCCCAGAAGGAUUCUUCCCAGUCCAUAGAACCCAAGAGGCCACCCCCUCCCCGACCAGUUGCUCCUCCAGCACGUCCUGCCCCACCACAGAGACCACCUCCACCUUCAGGGGCUAGGAGUCCUGCGCCUGCUAGAAGAGAAUUUGGAGGUGUUGGAGCCCCUCCCAGUCCCGGGGUUGCUAGGAGAGAGAUGGAAGCACCCAAAAGCCCAGGAACAGCACGGAAAGAUAAUAUAGGGCGUAAUCAACCUUCCCCUCAAGCAGGACUUGCAGGCCCAGGACCUGCUGGAUAUGGUGCAGCGAGACCGACAGUUCCAGCUCGUGCUGGAGUGAUCAGUGCCCCUCAGAGCCAGGCUCGGGCAUCUGCUGGAAGGCUGACUCCUGAAGGCCAAAGCAAGCCCUCAGAGCCAUCGAAAGGUCCUGCUGUUCUUCCAGAACCACUGAAGCCUCAGGCUGCAUUUCCUCUGCAGCCUUCUCUGCCCACUCCUGCUCAAAAGUUACAAGACCCGCUUGUCCCCAUAGCAGCACCUAUGCCUCCCUCCGGCUCCCAACCAAAUUUGGAAACUCCACCACAGCCCCCACCUCGGAGCAGGUCGUCUCAAAGCUUGCCUUCAGACUCCUCACCACAGCUGCAAGUAAAAACAAAUGGAGUUUCUGGUGUCAAACAAGAACCAACAUUGAAGAGUGACCCAUUUGAAGAUCUCUCACUUAGUGUGCUUGCUGUAUCAAAGGCUCAGCCUUCUGUUCAGAUUUCAUCUGUUCUAACCCCAGACCCAAAGAUGUUGAUUCAGUUGCCUUCUGCAUCGCAAAGUAAACUUAACUCUUUGAGUUCCAUAAGUUGCAUGCCAUCCAUGCCUCCAGUUCCAGAGCAAAGCAAGUCACAGGAAAGUAUGGGGAGUUCUGCAAACCCAUUUCCCAGCCUGCCCCGCAGGAACCCUUUUACAGACAGGACUGCUGCCCCUGGAAACCCAUUUAGAGUUCAGUCUCAAGAAUCAGAGGCAACUUCUUGGCUAGUCAAAGAAGAGCCUGCUCCUAACAGUCCUUUCCCUCCUCUCAUGCCUCUCAGUCACGACACAAGCAAGCCUUCAAGUUCACUUGAUGGUUUUGAGGAUAAUUUUGAUCUGCAAAGGCAGUCUACAGUAAAAACAAGCAACCCCAAAGGAUGGGUAACCUUUGACGAAGAUGAUGACUUUCCUACUACAGGGAAGUCAAAGUCAGUUUAUCCAGAAUUACUGGAUAAUGUGCCAGCUUCAUUUGAUGAUGACUGGAGUAAAGGUACAAGCGUUUCCUUCUGUGUGUUGCCAGCCAGAAGGCCACCACCACCACCACCUCCUCCUGUCCCUCUGCUACCACCUGGCACAACCUCAUCUGCAGGACCUAGCACAGCCCUGCCAUCUAAGGCAUCUUCCACAUUAGACUUCACAGAAAGAUAAUUACGUGGAGGGAAGGCAGUUCCUCCUGUGUGGUGUGGCUGUUUGUUUCUGUUUUGUCAGGGUAGACCCGAGAGAGUGGGGCAUUAGUCAUUAUGUGCAAUAAAUAAUAGGUAAGUGCACUGAUGCCUAUAUAAAAUACCACUAAAGGAUGUGGAGAAAGCUGGAAUAUGUGUAUAUCAGAAAUAACAAAGGCAUCCUCUUACUAACUGGAGUUCUGCUCUUUCUCUUCAGAUGAAUAGAAGAGAACAGGAACUAUCUUUAAAAGUGCUUAAAACUACUCUAGAAAAUAGUCCUAACUCAUACAUAGAAAUCACGUAAAGCCCACACAACUGCAGCUGACAGGACCGCCAGCCCACUGUGCUGUUGAGGAUUGGUAUUCAUGGAUACUUACCAAAGAGCUUCCAGAGUUCUGCUGAGAUGGUUUUGAAAGGCACCACUUGAGUCAAAAGGUCUGUGUAUGUAUACACUAUAUGUCUGUAUGUCUGCACACAGAUGUAUACAUCCACAUACUUAUAAAAUUGAUAUAAUUAAGAUCAAAUUUUACCUAACAGUUCUGACAAUGUCCUUUUUUCAGUAUCUCACUAUCAAGAUGACUGCCACCAGGUGUGCUUUAUAUACUUUCACUGACUGUACAGAGCUGCCAUUUCCUAUUACUCUGCUCUUAGCCCUUCAGAUUCACCCUCAUUACCUUCCUCCUCUGUUCCUCUAGUAUGCCUUUCUCUGGGCAUUUACAGUUGGCAGUACAGACGUGGGCAGUCAUAUGGACAGGCACUCAGAGCAGUAGGCACACCCCACCAGGCUCAAGGAGGAGCAUUGUCAGUGCGCUCUUUUCUCUGCGUGGCCCUUUCCUUCCAUACCUUUGUUUGCCAGUUGCCUGGAGCUUUGCUUUUAGCUGUUGAGUGGUCUGAAUUAGGAACAUAUCCAGUGUACAGUCUCUCCCACGAGGCUACAUAUCACACCCAUGAUGCUGCUUUAAGGUUUUAGAGGCUAUACCUCAAAUUAGCUGUGGAGUUUGUUUCCUGCACUGCCAGUAUGCAACUGAUCUUGCGUUUAUUAAUUUUGUGGGAAAAAAACAUGGAAUUUUUACAAAAAAAACCAAAAAGCAAACAAAAAAAACCCCAAAACAUAGUAUUUUGAUAUCAUUAGGUAAGCCAGUCAGAAAACUCCCUAGGCUGUUGUUUGGUUGGUUGGUUGUCAGUUGAAGUUAAAACCAUCCUUACCCAUUAAGACUUAAUGUUCUCUUUAUAUAAAAAGAGUUAUGUGCUUACACACAAGUUCCUACGUCUACAUGAACCUUUAAAGAUGUGUAUUGUGAGAUUAGAAAGAAUUUCUGGCUGCCCUCACUUCCGUGUAAAAGCACAGCAGACUGCAUUGCACUUGUACCGAACAGCCGGUCCGUUAGGACAGCACCUUUGCACAUGCUCAGUGUUAUAGAAGUAACUCUGCUACAGCCAUAACUUGCUGUUAGCAAUAACUCUUGUGAGUUUUAUAUUGUGCUUGUUGGGGUUCUAAUCAUUUCAGCAGUAGUAGCUUUUAAACUGCAGUAUUACUAGAGCAGUGUGCUUCAAAAUGUGAAUUAACUUGUUGAGAUUGUGACUGUAACAUCUGUGUGAGUAGUGUGUAUGGUAUCCACUCCCCAUUAGCAAGCUAAUCCACUUUAGGACAUUGAAGCAGUGUGGAUUGCAGCCCGAGAGCAGUGACUCCCUCGGGUAUAAACCACUGUAACAUCUGCAGCACAGUGGCUCUGCCCUGUCAGGAAGUCUGGUAGCUGCUGAAACGCACAAAGCAAGUUAAAGUUUGCUACAAAGAAUUCGACAUUGUGUGUAUUUACCAGCUCUGGUCAAAGCAGAAAACAGACACUAAGAAUCUCUGUGAGUCUCUGUUCUCUCUAGUAAAUUGCUGUUUAUAUGUAUGUAAGAGGUUUAUUGCUUGUGUGGCAUACAGUAUUUAUAACUAUAUACUUUAUAGAAGUACAGUAUUAAAGUCGCUGGUAUACAUUCUGUACAUAUCCUGUGAAAUGUGCUGUCAUAUGAAAUAAAUGUCUUUACCACUAUCUGA